AUUGAAUGCCCCUCCUGGCACUGACCGUGACAGAGUAUGGAGAUGAGAGCGCGGCUUAUCUCACUUCCCAGCGGGCAACCGACCGCGCCGCUCGCUCCAACCACACGGCCUUUGGUCACAACGGUCACAAGUCACAACACAACGCCAGGCGCGCCAAACAAAAACUUAGGAAAUUAACUGUUUUUAACUCGGAAGUGCAACUAUCGACCAUGAAGGUUCUGCUGUGUUUUGUGGCGAUCCUGGUGAGCUUGGCGCAAGCAGAUAUGGGCGGCGAGUGCGACCUAGCCAUGUUCUACUUGGAGCUGGGCUGCACGGCGGCACCGCGCGCCAACGACGCCGCUGGAUGCCCGCAAGCCUUCAGCUGCCCCGAUCUUCAUCCUGAUCCCACCAAGUGCUACUACAGAGGUGUGGCAUAUUCUAACAACGACGUGCUGCCCCAGAACCUGAUAAAGAACCCGUGCUCGCAGCGCUGCACGUGCCAGGUGUCGGACGAGCCCCGCUUCGAGUGCGCGGCGGUCGACUGCGUCGAGAGCUUCGACUCCGACCUGCAGCAGUGCGUGGCCACCUUUGAGCUGGACUCCUGCUGCAGUGUGGACAACGUGUGCGGUAAAGACGCCAUCGCCAAGCUAGCGACCUGCGAGAUCGACAGCAAGACGUAUCGCGAGGGAGAGUCCUUCGAGCCUAAGGACUCCAUGAAGAGCUGCGUAUGCACGCCUCAGUGGAACGGGACCGUCAGCCCCGCGUACUGCCGCGACAUCAACUGCGGCGUUGAGAUACACUAUCAGAAGAACCUCCUGGACAAUUGCGCUCCAAUCUUCUUCAAAAACUCACGCAGUUGCCCAAUCGGUUUCAAAUGCCCGGCAUCGGAUACUAAAGUCGUCCGCGGCCUAAACCUGAAGGCGGUGAGCGCGCAGUGCCAGUUCGGGAACGAGACCCUGUCCGUCGGCGACGAGGUGACGGUGGGCGAGAAGUGCACGCGCUGCGCCUGCGAGGUGCCUCCCUUCGUCUCUUGCACCCAGCAAAGCACCUGUAGCUAAACAUUCAACACGACUUACCAAAUGUGCAUCGUCUAAUGAAAACCGAAGACGAGGUGAACGACAACAAGUAAACUCGUCAUAUCCAGCUGCAUAGAGACAUCAUCCUGACUCGCUACGGUGACGAUAACUGCACGCGUGAGACGUGUUGUGUUUUGUGUUUUAACAGCAACAACUGCGUAUUUGAAGUCGUCAACCUUAAGAUCAUAAUAAUAUGCUGACCAAGUCAGGGG